AUGGAGAAAAAUAAAUCAGCCCUACGGCCUCCAACUCAUGGGAACCUGAUUACUGUUCUUAGCAUUGACGGAGGUGGAAUAAGAGGGAUUAUUCCUGGAAUCAUACUUGGCUUCCUUGAGUCCGAGUUACAGAAACUUGAUGGUGAGGAAGCUAGAAUUGCAGACUAUUUCGAUGUGAUCGCAGGGACGAGCACUGGGGGUCUCAUAACUACCAUGAUAACUGCACCUAAUGAAAACAGUCGUCCCUUGUAUGCUGCAAAAGACAUCAAGGCCUUCUAUUUUGAAAAUGGCCCUAAAAUAUUUCCUCAAAAAGGUUGUCCAUUUGCUGUUGCUGCAAAAAUGAUCAAAAGCAUAUAUGGGCCAAAAUAUGAUGGAAAGUAUCUUCAUAGCCUUCUGAAGGAAAAACUAGGGAGCACGAGAUUACACCAGACACUUACCAAAGUUGUAAUCCCAACUUUCGACAUCAAGCAACUUCAGCCGACUGUUUUUUCCAGCUAUCAGGUAAAGAAGCACCCGCACCUCAAUGCCUUGCUUUCAGAUAUAUGCAUCGGAACUUCAGCUGCCCCAACAUAUUUCCCUGCACAUUAUUUUGAUACCAAGGACUCCGCUGGAAAAGUGAGAAACUUCCAUCUUAUUGAUGGUGGUGUAGCUGCUAAUAAUCCGACUUUAGUUGCGAUUGGUGAAGUGACAAAAGAGAUCAACCAUGGGAGUCCUGAUUUCCGUUCCAUAAAGUCAGCAGAUUAUGGUCGAUUUCUUGUUCUGUCAUUGGGCACAGGCUCGACAAAAGUUGAAGGGAAAUACAGUGCCAUGGAAGCAGCUCGGUGGGGUAUAUUCGGGUGGUUAACUAGUGAACAUUCUACCCCAUUGGUGGAUGCGUUCACCCAAGCAAGUGCUGAUAUGGUAGACUUCCACAUUUCUGUGGUUUGUAAAGCUCUUAACUCUGAAAAAAACUACCUCCGAAUCCAGGAUGAUACAUUGAAAGGGGAAGUGUCUUCUGUUGAUAUUUCUACCAAGGAGAAUUUGGAAAAUCUUGCAAAAGUUGCACAAGUAUUAUUAAAGAAACCUGUUUCAAGAGUGAAUUUAGACACGGGUAAUUUUGAGCCUUCGAAACAUGAUCAUGAGACUAAUGAGCAGGCUAUCACAAGGUUUGCAAAGCUACUCUCGCAAGAAAAGCGCCGUCGGGAAACCUCGUUCCUGCAGAAAUGAGCUGUGAAGUACAACAUAUAUUAAUCUGAUGCGCGCAAGGGCAGAGACGAAAUAUUAGUAUUUAAGUCCUACUAAUUAAUGGAGUUUUAAUUUUCAAGAGUCGAGAAUAUGUUUGAUAUUUCAAUAAAUGGGUUAACGUUUGGUAAUUCGAUAAAUGGGUA